AUGGCCACCUCCCUCGAAAUCCACGUCCCGCCCACCUUCACCCCCGCACGCCCCGCCCUCACCUACUCCCACACGGCCAUCCCCUCUAACAUCGACGACCACCCCCUUGCCAAGACCCUCCCAAAGGCCGCCUCCAUCCAGCGCGGCUCCAACGAAUUCCGCGACUUCGAAUGCCGCAGAGACGCCCCUGCCACCCUCGAGGACUACCUAACCAACGACACGCCCAUCCUCUCUCUCGACAUCACCUCCUUCAAUGACGCCACCAUAAUCGGCCUGAUAUGGCCGCACGUUCUCAUGGACGUCAUGGGCCAGCAGGCUCUCCUGCGCGGCUGGUCGCUCGUCCUGGCCGGAAAGGAAUCCGAAGUGCCAGCCCUCCUUGGCGCACGUGAGGAUGCCCUCUUAUUCCCCGACGAAAACCAAGAAGUCUACCGUCCCAAACGCCUCUAA